AUGAGCGCCCUCCUUUUCCUGAGAUCUGUGAAGGGAGGUCGGCUGCUGAGGAUGCAGGCAGCUGCUGGGGCGGUGGGUCCAGGGCAUGCUCUGAUCACAUCAGGUAGGUAGAAUAUAUAUGUAUAUAUGUAGUGGUGUGUGUGUGUGUGUGUGUGUGUGCAGCAGCACUGAUUUUUAGAUCUAUUCUAGCCUGCCUCCCCCUCUAAGGAGGGCCAGAUCAGGGAUGCUGAAAUAGCAGUGUGAGGGAGGAUUGAGAGAGAAUGCAGAUGGCUGUGUUUCAUAACAGUGGCUUAUUAUAUGCUAUAGCAUCCCUGUCUGUCGUGUGGCGACCAUGAUGUGUGUAUUAUGCAAGCAUUUAUCCAUUCGAGACAAACAAAUGUGAUUAUUCCAUUGUGAAUCUUGUGUGUUCUGGCUUGUCUCUAUGUUCACAUGAUAUGUUUGUCAUUGGUAUCAAGGAUGUUGGUGCAUGUAUCAUGGGAAUACUGCAGGAGGCUGACUGCAUGUUAUUGCUGUGUGGAUUCUCAACGACAGACACACUAGGGUGCUGCAGUGCUACUUGGCUUGACUUCCCCUCAUCAGACUGUAUGAGGGAUGAUAAUGAGUGUAUGUGUGUGGGUGUGUAUACAGAGCUAACCCCAUGUCACAAUGGUACUGUAGUAAGGCAUCAGCACAUUUUCAUAGUGCACAUUUGUGGUAUUGCAAUACAUUAGCAUUUACAAGUCCUCUGACAACAGGGAUCUGCCCACAGCUUUCCUAUAUGUAUUUAAUCUGACAUGAGUGAGUGGACAUCAGGCAGUUUAGCACUCCGAGUCAUCAUUCCUCGGCCACCGCAGCAGCACUGACAGUGUCUGUUCAUUCAUCACCAAUAAUACAGGAGGAGCACACUCAUACUCACUUUCUGUGCUCUGCUGAAGUUGAACCAAACUCUCUGAUUACCCAGGUUCGUAUCGUCAUGUUCGUCAAUAAAGACUUUAACCUUCAAGUGGAGGAGGAUAACCCCCCAGUGAGCCGACUGACUGCUGCCAGUGAUGAGUCCCACUGCUGACAGGACCAGGGAGCAAAGGUGAGACAACUUACUCCACAUGUUUAUGAUCUAACGAUAGCAUGGAGAAGAACAGAAACAGUCUGUUAUUGGUCACAUUACUUUCACAUUACUCUCUGUUUUGUGCUUUGCUGUCAUGUUUUUCUCAGACAAGUGACUAGUUAAGGGAUUUACUGUAGCCCUGAGAAAUAUUGACUCUUGGUUUUCGGCAGUUACCACCUCUGGAGAUUUGAUCAAUCAUUCACCACCAGAAUAAGGAUUAUUCUUUGGAACUUCCCUUAAAGAGAGUAAAGUCUUAGCGGUGGCUGGUCGUGUUAUGAUUCCUCCUAGGACGUUCCUACAGUACACUCCUUUAACCAGGUCUGUUGUGUGGCUGCUAGGCCCGUCUGGACCUCCACAGAGUCAAGCCAGGACAGACAGGACAGCCAUGGCCAAGAGAGACUACCUGGUGGAGGCAGCCAAGCAGAUCCGCAUGGCUCUGGACAGGGAGGUCAAUGAAGACUAUGAGGCUGCCUUCAGCUACUACAAGAAUGGGGUUGACCUGCUGCUCAAUGGAGUUCAAGGUACAGUGGUACAUCUACUGUACUGUAUUCUAUCAACAUGCAGGGUUCUGGUUAGGGUGAUAUUGAAUAGAUCAGCUACUCAACACUGUGAGAACAAGUCACGCGGCAUGAAACAGGAACAUGUGGAUUUGUCCGUCCAUGAUUCAUCCAUUGAAAAGCAGAAUUAAAUCAUUCCUAUGAAAAACAGGAAGUCAGAAAGCCAAGGUCAGCGAGAGAUUUCCAUACUGGCAAAGUAUGCUGAAUAUUAUUCUGCUCUUUCCUCUGCUGUUUUAGUGAAGUAGGUAAAACAAACGCUUUUGAAUUAUAUGAGUCAGGGGUUGACAUUAAAGUCUGAAAGGCACUUGCCCAUCCAGCAAGUCAGGAGUAUUCUUUGGUUGCCUGAAGAUUAUGAUCACCUGCCUGAAAAUGGCAAUAGGCUAUUUACACGCAGAAAUGCCUUCCAGUAUUGCCGGCCUUUUACCUACACAUUCUUUUUUUUCUUUUUUCUUAUUUAACCUUUAUUUAACUAGGCAAGUCAGUUAAGAACAAAUUCUUAUUUACAAUACGGCCUACCAAAAGGCAAAAGGCCUCCUGCGGGGACAGGGAUAAAAAAAAAUAUAUAUAUAUAUAUAAAUAUAGGACCAAACACACAUCACAACGAGACAACACUACAUAAUGAGAGACCCAAGACAACAACAUAGCAUGGCAGCAACACACGACAACACAGCAAGGUAGAAACCCAACAUGAAAACAACAUGGUAGCAACACAACAUGGCAGCAGCACAAGACAUGGUAAAAACAUUAUUGGGCACAGACAACAAUACAUCACGUGAAGCAGCCAUAACUGUCAGUAAGAGUGUCCAUGAUUGAGUCUUUGAAUGAAGAGAUGGAGAUAAAACUGUCCAGUUUUAGUGUUUUUUGCAGCUCGUUCCAGUCGCUAGCUGCAGUGAACUGGAAAGAGGAGCGACCCAGGGAUGUGUGUGCAUAGGGGACCUUUAACAGAAUGUGACUGGCAGAAAGGGUGUUGUAUGUGGAGGAUGUGGGCUGCAGUAGGUAUCUCAGAUAGGGGUAGUGAGGCCUAAGAGGGUUUUGUAAAUAAGCAUCAACCAGUGGAUCUUGCGACGGGUAUACAGAGAUGACCAGUUUACAGAGGAGUAUAGAGUGCAUUGAUGUGUCCUAUUAGGAGCAUUGGUGGCAAAUCUGAUUUACCGAAUGGUAAAGAACAUCUAGCCACUCGAGAGCACCCUUACCUGCCAAUCUAUCAAUUACGUCUCUGUAAUCUAGCAUGGGUAGGACGGUCAUCUGAAUCAGGGUUAGUUUGGCAGCUGGGGUGAAAGAGGAGCGAUUAGAGGAAACCAAGUCUAGAUUUAACCUUAGCCUGCAGCUUUGAUAUGUCUUGAGAGAAGGACAGUGUACCGUCUAGCCAUACUCCCAAGUACUUGUAUGAGGUGACUACCUCAAGCUCUAAACCCUCAGAGGUAGUAAUCACACCGGUGGGGAGAGGGGCAUUCUUCUUACCAAACCACAUGACCUUUGUUUUGGGGGUGUUCAGAACAAGGUUAAAGGCAGAGAAAGCUUGUUGGACACUAAGAAAGCUUUGUUGUAGAGCAUUUAACACAGAAUCCGGGGAGGGGCCAGCUGAGUAUAAGACUGUAUCAUCUGCAUAUACAGUGGUUGAAAAAAGUAUUUAGUCAGCCACCAAUUGUGCAAGUUCUCCCACUUAAAAAGAUGAGAGAAGCCUGUAAUUUCCAUCAUAGGUACACGUCAACUAUGACAGACAAAAUGAGGAAAAAAAAUCCAGAAAAUCACAUUGUAGGAUUUUUUAUGAAUUUAUUUGCAAAUUAUGGUGGAAAAUAAGUAUUUGGUCAAUAACAAAAGUUUCUCAAUACUUUGUUAUAUACCCUUUGUUGGCAAUGACACAGGUCAAACGUUUUCUGUAAGUCUUCACAAGGUUUUCACACACUGUUGCUGGUAUUUUGGCCCCUCCAUGCAGAUCUCCUCUAGAGCAGUGAUGUUUUGGGGCUGUCGCUGGGCAACACAGACUUUCAACUCCCUCCAAAGAUUUUCUAUGGGGUUGAGAUCUGUAGACUGGCUAGGCCACUCCAGGACCUUGAAAUGCUUCUUACGAAGCCACUCCUUCGUUGCCCGGGCGGUGUGUUUGGGAUCAUUGUCAUGCUGAAAGACCCAGCCACGUUUCAUCUUCAAUGCCCUUGCUGAUGGAAGGAGGUUUUCACUCAAAAUCUCACGAUACAUGGCCCCAUUCAUUCUUUCCUUUACACGGAUCAGUCGUCCUGGUCCCUUUGCAGAAAAACAGCCCCAAAGCAUGAUGUUUCCACCCCCAUGCUUCACAGUAGGUAUGGUGUUCUUUGGAUGCAACUCAGCAUUAUUUGUUCUCCAAACACGACGAGUUGAGCUUUUACCAAAAAGUUCUAUUUUGGUUUCAUCUGACCAUAUGACAUUCUCACAAUCCUCUUCUGGAUCAUCCAAAUGCACUCUAGCAAACUUCAGACGGGCCUGGACAUGUACUGGCUUAAGCAGGGGGACACGUCUGGCACUGCAGGAUUUGAGUCCCUGGCGACGUAGUGUGUUACUGAUGGUAGACUUUGUUACUUUGGUCCCAGCUCUCUGCAGGUCAUUCACUAGGUCCCCCCGUGUGGUUCUGGGAUUUUUGCUCACCGUUCUUGUGAUCAUUUUGACCCCACAGGGUGAGAUCUUGCGUGGAGCCCCAGAUCGAGGGAGAUUAUCAGUGGUCUUGUAUGUCUUCCAUUUCCUAAUAAUUGCUCCCACAGUUGAUUUCUUCAAACCAAGCUGCUUACCUAUUGCAGAUUCAGUCUUCCCAGCCUGGUGCAGGUCUACAAUUUUGUUUCUGGUGUCCUUUGACAGCUCUUUGGUCUUGGCCAUAGUGGAGUUUGGAUUGUGACUGUUUGAGGUUGUGGACAGGUGUCUUUUAUACUGAUAACAAGUUCAAACAGGUGCCAUUAAUACAGGUAACGAGUGGAGGACAGGGGAACCUCUUAAAGAAGAAGUUACAGGUCUGUGAGAGCCAGAAAUCUUGCUUGUUUGUAGGUGACCAAAUACUUAUUUUCCACCAUAAUUUGCAAAUAAAUUCAUAAAAAAUCCUACAAUGUGAUUUUCUGGAUUUUUUUUCCUCAUUUUGUCUGUCAUAGUUGACGUGUACCUAUGAUGGAAAUUACAGGCUUCUCUCAUCUUUUUAAGUGGGAGAACUUGCACAAUUGGUGGCUGACUAAAUACUUUUUCCCCCCACUGUAAAUGGAUGAGAGAGCUUCCUACUGCCUGAGUUAUAUUGUUGAUGUAAAUUGACAAGAGCGUGGGGCCUAGGAUCGAGCCUUGGGGUACUCCCUUGGUGACAGGCAGUGGCUGAGACAGUAGAUGUUCUGACUUUAUACACUGCACUCUUUGAGAGUGGUAGUUAGCAAACCAGGCCAAAGACCCCAUAGGGGAGGGAUCAGAAAGUUUAGGACUGGAAUUCUUUGUAUUUGGUUGUUAUCAGUAAAAAGAAUCUCAGAGCAGGCUCAGCUUGUCUGACUGGCAUAAAUGCCAUAAAUUCACUUAAGGUUAAACAAUGUGGAGGAACGAGAAAGAUGAGUUUUAGGCUACUGGAAUUCUUAUAUAAUAGGGCAACCCUUAAUGUCAAUCCCUGUGAGUUGAUUUGAGUUUAGUGAAGUGAGGUUUCUCUCCCCCUCUGUGUGAGGGGGAGAGAAAUCUAAGGUUGGUCUGUCUUCCAGUUGACCCUAACAAGGAGCGCCGGGAGGCAGUGAAGAGGAAGACUACUCAGUAUCUAAAGAGGGCAGAGGAAAUCUUUAUCUCCCACCUGCAGGACAACCUGGGGAAGGGGAACUCUCACUUAGGGGUAAGAAGAUUACAUUUUACAGUAAACCCUCCCUUGACAAGACUAACAUUCCAUAAUACUGUGCACAUCUUAUGAAUGGGUAUCAACCCGCUCUGACCAUCCGUGUUACUCAAUGAUACUGGGCACUCAUUUUCCAGCUUUUCACUCCUGUAUUGAUUUAUAUGUCUAGUCUGUUUAUUGAAGAGUUGGUAUAUAUGCUAUUUAUAUGUCCACCACUCUGAAUCAUUUCCUUCUGGGAAAGCCGGAGUCACAUCUUCAGAGUAAUCAGUCUGUGCUGCUAACAGUCUCUGGAUGUUGGCUACAGAGCAGCACAACAUCCCCUCUGUUACAACUGUUACACUACACCCGACCGGGGGGAGAUCACAUUAUAUCUGCCAGGGUGGCUCGCACUGGACGGCUGGGCGCUCUCUCUCCCCCUCUCUCUUAUGUAACAUUCUAAUAUCUGUCCUAAGAUUGUAACUAAUCCCAGAGUAGAAGCACUUUGAUGUGAAUUCAACACAAACACGUGUCCACAUUGCUGACAUCUGUGCUGUAAUCUCUUUUUAUCACCAGGGUUACAGUAGUCUGAGAUUCCGGCCAAUCAGACACCUGAGUUCCCCAGUGGAGGAUCUAGAGAUGUGUAAAGUGGUGGGGAUCAUCGAUAAGGUAGGGAGGUUUUUACACCCACUGCUCUAAACCAGACGGAGUAUACUUGAACUGUUUGUUACAGCUGAUGAUCAUCUCUUGAACAGACAUCCUGGUUGUAGUUACCCCUUUAUUAACCAUGUCUUAUAGAUCCAGUGAACCAUGAUGCUUAUCUUUGCAAAUAUGAAUUUGUCCCAAAACUGUCAUAACCAUCUAAUAACAAACUACUCAAUUUAUUCUCAGCUCUAUUUAAACUAACAUAAAAUAUGUCUUCUCCCCAAGGUCCUGAUUGUCCAAAGCCUGAUUACCAAGGAGAAAUGUGUUGUUAAAGUAAGUCCUUAUGCCUCAACACUACCAAUACAGUAUGUCAGGGGGGAGGGUGGCAGGGCAGAAUGACAGAGUACACAUGUAGUGCAGGGAGCCUAGCGGCUGAGAGCGUUGGGCCAGUCACUGAAAGGUUGCUGGUUUGAAUCCCCGAGCCGACGAGGUGAAAAAUCUGUUGAUGUGCCCUUGAGCAAGGCACUAAACCCUAAUUGCUCCUGUAAGUUGUUCUGGAUAAGAGUGUCUGCUAAAUGUAAAAUGUAUAUCUGUGUAGAUGCAUAUCCAGUGCACAGAUGGCUGUUGUACUGUCUGGAUCCCUGCCAGCCAUUCUGUGGCAGCCCAGUUUAUGGGAAUACUAUCAGCCUUGUCUCCCUGAGUAUCCUUCUCCAUUGAUCUGGCUAAAAGCCCUCUACUUUGACCCUCUUAGUGCAAAUGCACCUCCCAUUUCUGUAACCAGAGAGUUGCUAUUGGAACAUGCUGUAGCAGGGGUGGCUAAGGCGUAGGUCUCAGAGAAGAUGCUAUCUAUCUAGGCACUGGUAGAGACAGCUUUUGUAGAGAGAUUCGUUUUUAGAUCAAUUAACCAUAGACUUAAUUAAGCCUAGACUGAAAAUAAUUUGUAUUACAGUAGUGAUAAGUUGUAUUUUGACAAAGGUAAUAACAGCAUAGUAAUAUGUGUGUUGUUCUCUGUGUCCUCACAGAGCCUGCCCAAGUCGAGCUGGGAGAGCCGGGACCAGCCCACUAUCAUCCCCCAGGGGGUCCCCUUCAUGGUGAAGCUGCUGAGGUACUAUGUCAGUGAGGACGCUGUGUACCUGCAUCUGGAGCAUGUUCAAGGUGAGCUGAACACAGGUUCUGCCUGCCAGCCCUGCAGUAUGGGAGAUUUAGCUGAUGCUCUUACCUAGCCUAUAGUCAUGCAAAGGCAGUGGACCAACAGUUUUCAUUUUUUGCUGAUGGCUGCAAUCUUCAGCCAUUUUGGGUCACGGAUGCCAUAGAGAGUAGAAAAGAUAGCUGAAUUAAAAUGAAGAAAAACAACUAUUGUCUGAUGUAUUGACUUUUCUAUAAUCUGUAGGUGGGAAGCUUUUCUCCAAACUGCACAAGGUCAGGAACGACCGAGCCAAGGAGCACCCAGAAUGCUCCAGUCCCAGCCAGCACAGGAUCAAACUGAAGAACAGCUAUACCUCCCCUACCAUCAGCUCAGACUACCAGCAGAAUGACAGAGGGGGCACAUGGACAACCCCUCUCCUGGAGAGGGAGAGCGAGGAGAGCCCAGACACAGACUCCCCUGCAUCCUGGCACGAGGCUCAGCAACGCCUGGAGAGCUGCAGGACCCACUCCUACUGUGAGGAGACAGGCUGCCUGCAGAACAAUUCCAGGUCUGUAGCGCCACACGCUCCGGCGACACAGCCCUACUUAUCUAGGCCAAUGAGGACAGACACCAGUCCCCAUUUCCAUCCAACAGGCCUCAGUCAGUGUUUGCACUCUAAAACUCAGGACAAACUUGCUCUCUAUGGUCAUCCGUGCAUCGAUCAGGCUCCUGAUGUCACCUCUGAGCCCUCUGGGAAGGCCACUGGAACAGAAAAAAUUGAAUCCAGUUCGGAUUUCGACAUGGUGUGGAAGGCUGAUCUGACUUGUAACUGUGAGAGUUCAGCCCCCUAUGCAGAGACUGGUACUGACUCCAAUAUAGCUGCAGGUAAAUCUGUACCUCAAACAACUCAGACCUCUUCUGGUGGUGCAGGGUCAACAGUGAACUUCAAGAAUCAUUCUAUCAGUUUAUAUUCACAGAAAAGGUAUGUUCCCACUACAUUGCAAUUACCCCUCCAUAAUCAAAGCCAGGUUAGUGAGAGAGAAACUUUGACUACCAAUGGCUCUCACCAAGACAGUGUUUCAGGUAGAGAACUUGAGAACACUGUGAGCAUGGUGACAGACACACACCAGGGGAGAGGGCAGGAGGAGAAGGUAAACUCAGUAACCAGGGGCACAGAGACUUCCCAGCCUGGCAGAGAUGUGUCCCCCUCUACAGUAGACAAGCUGAAGCUCAUGAGGACAUCCUCAGGGAACUCUCAACACCCUUCAGUCUCUCACUGUCACAGUACAGGGACACAGCGGGGGACCCAGCCAGGCACCUCUCUGGCCCUCACAGGGGUGAAGUAUCAUGUGGGGCCUCCUGGCAGAGAGCCAGGGGAGGAGGUAGAGGAGGGCUGGGAGCUGCUGAGCCCUGUGAGUAAGGACAUCCCCCGAGAGAAAGGAUCACUAUAUUACCCCAACACCCAUGACCCCACAGGGGCCUCCCCACAGUGUCGGAAGGGGGACAUGGAUGCUUUCCUAAAGUCAGAGGGAUCAGAUGGACAGGGUGAGGAUCAGAUCAUUGAGGUGGAUGGCUGGUGCCACCUACCCAAGUUCCCAGGCAAGGCCUCCAGAGGGAAAGACAAGGCCAGGCAGGGCUGCUGGGGGCUGCCUGAGGCAGAGGUGCGUCUGUUGGGGGCUCAGAUCCUCCUGGCCCUGGAAAGUCUUCACCAGCAAGGUGUGGUGUGCCGAGACCUCAACCCAAAGAAUAUCCUGCUCACCAGCAAUGGUUAGUCACCUAAAUCACUUUAACCUGUUGUUGGUCUCUGUUUUUGGCAUGAGUCUUGAAAAUUCAACUAACUUUGAUUGUGACAUAAUGUCAUGUUUCUCACUAGGAAAGGUCUGCCUGACAUUCUUUGGCCAGUGGAGUGAAGUUCAGUCAGAAAUCAACUCUAAAGCUAUGGAACAGAUGUACUGUGCCCCAGGUGAAAACACUUUUUCAAUGUCACAUGUUACAACAGUUACACAUAGGGUUCCUACCCUAGAUAUAAAGUGCCAUCUAGUGGUGAGAGUCAGACAUUUUGUUUGAUCCAUUAAUAAAUCUGUGAAUAACAAGUUCUGUUUGUUGUUGGCCAACAGAGAUUGGAGGUGUGUCCAAAAUCACAGAGGCUUGUGAUUGGUGGAGUCUGGGGGCAUUGCUGAUUGAACUUCUUACUGGAAUGGUAAACAACAUUCUAUUGAAUACCGGUAAUCUGUUUUUCCAUGAUCUCUGUAGUAAAUCCAAACCUGUAUAGAUUAAUGACAAUGCUGCCCACUAGGCCUGUUGAUAAUGUAUAUCUGUUGUUGGUGUCAUUAUCUAGGCAUGGUUGUUUAAUGAAACUGUAUGCCUGUUCCUGUGCCUCCAGCCCCUGUGGCAGUUCCACCCAGCCAGGGUGCAUUCUCACACCCAGCUCCUGAUCCCAGACCACCUGAGUACUGCAGCCGCCUCCCUGCUCACUGAGGUAAGGCCUGUGUCCCCUUACACACCCAUGUGGCCUGUACUUUAAGUACCGUAAACAUAUAAACACUUGCUGCUAGCCUGCUACCACAGAUACACACAGCCACACACAGCCACACAAACUCAUAUCUUUCUGAAUGAGUGACUAUUGUAUGUUCCACAGCUGCUGCAGUUUGAUGCUGGUUAUCGUUUGGGCUCUGGAGGCGGUGGUGUGAGUGACAUCAAGUGUCACCCCUUCUUCAAUGGUGUCUCCUGGAAGGCACUGUCGAGUUAACAUGCCAACAGACUACCUGUGUAGACUACCUAGCCACUGCCCCCUUGUGGCUAAAAUAAUUGAAGCACCAGCUCUGGCUCUACUUCCUGAGCAUCUUACUUCCCAAAGAAAGAUGCUAGAUUGAUUAGAAGUGCAAUUCAGAGGAGCAGACAAACAGCCAACAUGCCAACCCUGCAACAACCAACCUCCAUGUUUGAAUGACAGAGGCUAGUGUAAACCUCACCUGGCCUUUUGACAUAUGGUAGGGCAAGAUGUUUUAAAGACUAAAGUGUACUCUUUUUCAGCUGACUUUCGGGGUACUUCUGUUAUUAAUAUACUGAACAAAAAUAUAAACAC